AUGGAAUUCAUUCAUGGAGAAGUCGAAGUCUUGCAGACUGUGGCGCUGAUGACCGGCACCUCCGCAGCCGCCGGCCGCACCCCGCCGCUCUUUGGGCGUGCGGCCUCGACGGUGGCGGCCUUGGAGAUUGUUCUGGGCGUUUUCCUGGGCGUCUUCGAGCGGAUCGACUUCAAUCCGCGCCUCGCGAGCUGUUUGGCAACGCCCAUGGGACAAGAACUGCGCGGGGCCGUUCAGAGGGCCUUGGAAGAUCACAAGGCGCUGGUGCCAGCGCUGAGGGAGAUGCGAUGGGAGCUGGCCAGCUAUAGCAGGUUGGCACAUGCCAAGUAUGGCCACAUAGCUGAGAUAUGCUGCGUUGCGGGAUUGAUCGGUGUAGUGGGUGUCACUGGUCACUGCAUGUCACGGCAAGUGUCACCACAAAAUGCUGAACUGCGAAUGCAAUCGAAUGCAUUGGUCCAUGCCUGCAGCGUGGUUGGAGGCCAUAUGACGGGCUAG